UUGGCCCGUUUUCUCCCCAUCCACACCACUACUGGAAUCGCUCCUCCCCUUUCUUCUCCCCCACCCCCUUUUCCCAGCUCCUCGCAUAGCCAGCAAGACCGGAUCGAUCAGCCCGAGCCCCCUGCGACUCCACCGCCGCGCCGUCUCACCGCCGACGCCCCAGUCCCACGCCCGUCGCCGGUCCCGCUCUUCCUCGCCGCCGGGACGCCGCGCUCCUGCUGUUUACCCCCCACCCCGUCCCGGCCUCCCGCCGUAGGGUUCUGAGGGAGAGCGGAAGGGGGCGGAGGAGGGGACUAGGGCCGGAAGAAUCAGGGAGCGCCGGCGGCCGGCGGCGACAUGUCGGGGGAGGACGUCCGCAAGGUCUCUCGCCAGGACAUACAGCUCGUCCAGAAUCUCAUUGAGCGCUGUCUCCAGCUGUAUAUGAACCAGAAAGAAGUGAUUGAUACCCUCUCCCUUGAGGCCAAGAUAGAACCGAGCUUUACUGAACUUGUUUGGCAAAAACUUGAGGAAGAGAACCGUGAAUUUUUCAAGGCAUACUAUUUGAGGCUGAUGCUUAAGAAUCAAAUAACGGCCUUCAACAAGCUUCUUGAGGAUCAGUUCCAGCUUAUGAACAAAGACUAUUCUUCAGGGAUCCCUUCUAUGCCUCUUACCAAUGGCUCCAACUCCACAACAUUGAAGCAAAACUCGUGCUUUUUACCAGAGUCUGGUCCCAUGUCUGCAAUGCCAAAUGGUGCGAUGCGCAACGGAAGUUCAGGUGGUUUAGUAAAUGGAACAUCAUCUGGUGAUCAGUCAAUUUAUGGUGGUAAAAACAUUCACGGUCCUCACAGUGGUAUGGAUGCUUCAACCAGCGUGCUACCAGCCCAGAAUGCAUCUGCUCUGCUUUAUGGUGCAGAUAAUAAUGGUACAACAAUAAAGACAGAGUCAAGCUAUUCGAGCAACGCUGAUUUUGCUUUCUGUGGGAACGCUUUCCUUGAAUCAUGCCAAUCAAUUGGCGAUGCCUCGGGUGGUUCCUUUAGCAGCUCAGAGUUGAACGGGCAACCACUGAAUGAUGCACUUUUGGAUAUGGAGUCAUCGUCAUUUGGCUUCUUGAGCCAGAUUCCCCGGAAUUUCAGUUUUUCAGACUUAACAGAGGGGUUCAACCAAAAUACAGAAGUAUUGGAGAAUUAUGGCAGGUCACCAUUUCUAUCUUCUGAGCCAAAUAACUUCUCAGAUUCUACAGGUGGAGAACAUACAGGCUGAGCAGCUACCCGCCGUUUUGUACAUAUUCAUGGAGAACUUGAGCACCUUUCAUGCUAGCCUUUUCCCUUGUCAGUCCCGAUGUCUUGUAAUGUAGAGUGUGUGUUAAGUUGUAACUUGAUCAAAAGAUGCAGCAGAUCUGGCCCCCGGUCGCUUGCCGAAGGUAUUGUAGUUGUGCCCUGCCUUGUACAUUGGUGUUGUGCUGUAAGAUCAGCAUUAGUAGCUGUGAUAUUAAAUUUGCUGGGUUAAUGGGUUAUGUUCUUGUCUGGCAUGUACAACAGAAGUUUAUUAAUUUUAAGUGAGAGUUUAAUU